AUGUCGGCAUAUCGCUCGGACAUCGUCACUCAAGCGACUGAUCUUCGUACGAAUAUCUAUUAUUUGAAUGCACACAGACAACUGUCAAAUCAACCAACCGCAACUGGUAACGGUGAUAACGAGUCUUCAUCAAAUAACCAGAAAUCAGCAAAUUCACUCGACGAGAAAGCUGCCAAGGCUCACGACAGCAAUGGUAUUGAUAGAGCAGACGGCUCGAAACCGAAACCGAUUGGUGUACCAAUCGCAUUAAUAUUACGAGUACAAUAUUGUCAUGAAGAUACAAUGUUUGAGCAGCUAUCGCAAUGUGAUAUGAUAGUGUAA